CUCCCUGUCAGAACAAUUGAUGUGACCACACCCACUGCCAGGGAAUCCAAAUAGGGCUGCAAUGCCGCUCACCUGCAAACUGCUUGUACGGAAGGUGAGAGGAAACUGCUGUUAAGGGGACAUCAGUGAUGGAUUUUUCUACGGUUUCCAGUGUCAUACACAAAAUGGAAAAUGUUGGUACACACACAGAUGAAGGAAACGGUUCGUCCAAGCUGCUCCGUGAAAAACACAUUUGCCAAGAGUCUACCAGUGAAGAGAGACUAAAGAGCAAUGACAAAUAUAUUUCUGAUUUCUCAAACAUUUAUUCCUCAGACCUGCUCCCUGCAAGAAAUGGAGAAAACUGCACAGAACAAUUUUUAAUUGAAGUUUUACAUAUUCUCUUGAAUCAUAUUAAAAAGACCUACGAUGGGGAAAGCAAAGUUCUUGACUUUCAUCAUCCACACCAGCUACUAGAUGGCUUGGAAGGAUUUAAUUUGGAGUUACCUGACCAGCCAGAGCCUUUAGAACAAAUUCUUGUUGAUUGUAGGGAUACUCUGAAAUACAGCAUAAAAACAGGACAUCCACGUUACUUCAAUCAACUUUCCAGUGGCCUUGACAUAAUUGGACUAGCUGGUGAAUGGCUGACUGCAACUGCUAACACUAACAUGUUUACAUAUGAAAUUGCACCAGUGUUCAUAACCAUGGAGGAGACUGUGCUGAAAAAAAUGCAAGAGAUUAUUGGCUGGGGAGAAAAUGAAGCAGAUGGUAUAUUCUCUCCUGGUGGAACAAUCUCCAAUCUUUAUAGCCUUCAAGCAGCUCGUUACAAAUAUUUCCCCAUAGUUAAAACAAAGGGAAUGUCGGCACUUCCACAGAUUGUUGUCUUUACAUCAGAACAGAGUCACUACUCUUUUCGAAAAGCAUCUUCUGUUCUUGGUAUUGGAACAGACAAUGUCAUUGCAGUAAAGUGUGAUGAAAGGGGUAAAAUGAUUCCAUCUGACCUGGAGGAUAAAGUUCAGAAAGCAAAAAGACACGGACACCAUCCAUUUUAUGUCGGUGCCACAGCUGGGACAACAGUAUUUGGUGCAUUUGAUCCUCUCAUCGCUAUUGCUGAUAUUUGUAAGAAAUAUGGACUCUGGAUGCAUGUUGAUGCAGCUUGGGGUGGUGGAUUAUUGCUGUCCAGAAAGCAUCGCUAUAAAUUGAGUGGAAUUGAAAGAGCUAAUUCUGUCACUUGGAAUCCUCACAAACUUAUGGGAGUCCCUCUGCAAUGCUCAGCAAUCCUUAUUAGGCAAAAGUUUCUUCUGCAGUCGUGUAAUAAGCAAUGUGCAGAUUAUCUCUUUCAAAUGGACAAGCAUUACGAUACAUCCUAUGACACAGGAGACAAAACAAUCCAGUGUGGCCGCCAUGUGGAUAUCUUUAAAUUCUGGUUAAUGUGGAAGGCAAAGGGUAGCUGUGGCUUUGAACUCCAAAUAAACAGAAUCCUCGAACUUUCCGAAUACUUGUAUAAUAAGCUCAGAUCAAAAUCAAACUUUGAACUUGUCUUUAAUGAUAAGCCGGAGUGCACAAAUGUCUGCUUUUGGUAUAUUCCACCGAGUCUGGAACAUACACCAAGAGAUAACGAAUGGAAAGCAAAACUGCAUAAGAUUGCUCCACAGAUUAAAGCUCAUAUGAUGGAAGAAGGGACCACUAUGGUCAGUUACCAGCCUCAAGGAGACAAACCUAACUUUUUCAGAAUGGUUAUUUCAAAUCCAGCUUCUAAAAAAUCUGAUGUUGAUUUCCUUCUUGAAGAAAUGGAAAGAUUAGGGAAAGACUUGUAAUAUGUUUACACACAUUUUAAUUUAUUAAAUACAUUUUAAUCUGCUUUUAUUAGUUGGAGGAACGGAAUUGUAAUUUUUUUUAUUUUUUUUUAAUGUGGGGAAAAAACCCUUCCUUGUAUUAACCUUUUACAACCAACUGCUUAUAUAGAAUGUAUUGUUCUCUUUCAUGCUACUACAUGCAGCUUUGGCAUUUCACAAAAUUGAACAAUAGAUUAAAUAUUCGGUGACAACUCUAGGCUACAAUUCUUAUGUGGUUUUAGCUUUCUAGGCUAAUGGUACAGUAGGUUUUUAUAGCCAUGUAUCUGAAGACUUGACUAUGAAACAAACCUGAGGUAUAUGGCAAUAACAAAAAUGAAUGCAUGUGCGUAUACUGUAUUACAUUAACUGGUAAGCCCCAUAUUAAGGGCAUUAUUUCAACCUAAAACAAUUUUGUAGAGAUAAUCACUCAAGUAAUUUAUAAAAUAAUCUUUAAUAUAUAAAAUUAUAAGUUUAGAUCUAAAAAGUGCAUUUUUUUUUUUUUACUAAAAGUCUUAACAUGUACAUUUUGGUUUUCCUUUGAAAAGCUAAAUAAACACUUUUUUUAAUA